AUGUCCAUCUGCGAAACCACAGGAGAAGACAAAACCCCGUGCCGCGAAGACGCCACUAUCAUGAUGCCCAUCACGCUGCAAGAAAGGAGGUUGCGCCUGGGCAUCGAAACCUACCUCUCCUUCCUGGGAAAACGCACUAGAACGGAGAAGAAGAGAAGUGUUUUGCAGGGUCAAACAACAACAGUGACGUUUUCGGACAAGGAACAUGGUCCAGAGGAAGUUGAGAUGUGGGGAAUUUCGUUGUUGGCGGAUGAGAGGAGCGAUGUGAUUCUUCUAAAGUUUCUGAGAACGAGGGAUUUCAAGGUAAAGGAUGUGUUCAACAUGCUCAAGAACAUCGUGCGUUGGAGGAAGGAAUUCGGAAUUGACGCUCUGGUCCUAGAAGAUUUCAUAAUUGAUUAG